AUGAACGACCUUGUAGAGUUCUUGCGCACACACGAGGAGGCCUUCCGUAGUCGCAACCGCCUUCAAUCUCUCUACUCGGACUUUCGCCUACAAAAGACGUCAAACCCGGAUGGAUACCAAGCAAACUCUCGAGCAUGGCUGCGUGGUCUGACGGCUGCCGCAUGCGCCGGCCGCCUACCACCCGCUUCAACAACAUCUGGACAAGCGAGUCACGUCGUCUUCGGGAGUGGUGAGGAUCUGUCGCGCGCAUUGAACUCUGCACAAUGGGGUCGACCGCUCGCUUUGGGUGCUGUCAUUCAAGACGCUGUCGACAAGCGCGAGUUCAUCUCUCUGAACGACUUUUUGAAUGCGACAAAGAGUGUUUACGCAAAGAGCUGGAUACCAUCGCCGUGGCAGGUUGUCAGCUGGGGUCUCAAGCAGGUUGGCGUUGCCUCGCUGUUCGGUACAUCUGACAAACUAUCGGUCGGCAAUUUGGUCGUCAUGGCCAAUGUCGAGCUCGACCAGUCUGCCACCUCGCUCAUCUUCUCCCGCUCCCUUUUUGAAUCAGAGUUUGCUCACGUCCUCGACCCGGCACAACUUCCCGACGCUGCCUUGAGCACCACAGACUUUGACAUCCUCCUCCGUUAUCUAUCCCGCGACAAACCGUACCUUUCCUUCAACUCGACAACCAUCAAACUCAAAUCUGUUUCUGAAUCCACACCUCAACCCAUCACUCAACAAGACACCGACAUUGCAAACCUACGCACCCUGAUCAAAGCCCUGGAUACACAAGUUUCGGCCUUGACAGACCGCAUCACCACUCUCGACAUUUCUGCCCGCGAAGCCGUCGCCGCAAAACGCACCAUCCAAGCCAAAUCGGCCCUGCGCAGCAAAAAGCUAGCAGAAACUACCCUGCACACCCGCAGCGCUACGCUAUCACAACUGGAAGAGACAUUUACUGCCAUUCAGACGGCUGCAGAUCAAGUCGCUAUAGUGUCUGCCAUGUCUGCUUCUGCAAAUGUUUUGAAGAGUCUCCAUGCAGAGGUGGGCGGUACAGAAGGUGUAGAGGAAGUUGUGGAUCGCCUCAGGGAUGAAAUGGAGAAUGUAGACGAGGUGGGCAGGGUCAUCAAUGGAGCUAGCACCUCCACAGUCGAUGAGGAAGACGUAGACGAAGAAUUCGCAGCCAUGGAAAAGGCAGACAGAGAAAAGAGGGAACGAGAAGAAGCGACCAAGACGGCAGCAAGGCUAGCAGAAUUGGAGGCUCUGGAAGAAGAGAGGAAAGGGAAGGACACAGCACACAAGGUGACGGAAGAGCACAAGGACACACAACAGAUGCAGGCGGAAACUGCAUAG